AUGACUGAUAAUUACCAAAUGCUCCAUAAGUCUGCUGCCAGUAGAUUUUCUAUCUGGGAUGCAGCAGAAAUAUUCGAAUAUGCCACUUCCAGAUUUACCGCAAUACAUAUGACAAUAAUGAAAGAUAAGAACAACCACUCCAACUCGUAUCAGCACACUUUCGUGAGACACAUAGUCUGGGAAGCGGAGCGCUUUGUAUUUCCCUUCGUCAACAUCUGCGCUGCCAUGAACAUCAACACAACACUGCCGGUAUAUCUGAACGAGGUCAUCUUUCUUAUCACAUUGUUCCAGACCGAGCCAUAUGAUCACGGGAAACUCUUCACCACAUUCAAGGCAUGCCCGCAUGAGUCUGGGACCCAUCCGAUUGACAUCAAUCGGGUGAUCCCCGACUAUCGCCACGCUUGGUGGAAGUACAGGUUCGACCUUGCACCGUUUAACAUGCCUCUUUGGAUGUCAGUUGCACAAGUGAAGGAGCUGGUGACCAGCCAUUUUGCUCAGCGGCCUAAAAUGGCCAGUAUGGUGCCAAGACCAAUUACAAACACCCGCAGUGAUGAUCCGCUCCUGCAACAGCUGCAAGUUCUCCGGGCUGAAGUUUCCCAUCUUGGUAUGGAACUCAGCCAACUCCUUGUUGCUAAGCUGGAUGCCAUGAGCGAGGCUGUGGCUGCAUUCAAUCGUCUAGAGGAUCCUAUAGAUGAGCUUCGUGAGGCAAUGGAAGCCUCCCACGCGGCAGUUGCAAUGUUGCAAGGACAUUACGAGACUGGAAGGUUGGGAGCACCUUCAUCCGUCGAACCCUUUCCCCGUGUACAAUCACUUCUGUGUUGA